AUGUAUGACAACAUCUCUGAUUUCACAAGAUAUGAUGACGACCAUGACCCCGAACACGGUGAAGAAGAAGUUUUACAAACAUCCAUUAAGACAGGAAAGGUUUUAACUCAAAGUCUCAUUAUUGACACCAAAGAUGGCGAAGUGGACGUUCUUCAAGAGCUGAAGAAAAAUACUUCUUCGGGAGGUGGUGGUAGGCAUGAACUUGAAAUAAAUGAGAUAGAAGAGAAAUUAGCCGAAAAAGCAGAUAAAGAACAUAAACACAAUAUCUCCGAUAUAAAUGAACUUCAAGCUACAUUAAAUAGUAAAGCGGACAAAAAUGAACUUGACGCAAUGAACAAAGUUUUGAAAUCUCAUAAACACAAUAUCUCCGAUAUAAAUGAACUUCAAGCUACAUUAAAUAGUAAAGCGGACAAGAACCAUGUUCAUUAUAUAACUUCAGACGAACAGAUUAUAACGGACUACCAUGGAUAUUUAACACGAAGUGAUGAAGCGAAGACAAAAAAUGUUAAUGAAAGAAGAUAUAAAUACAUUCGUGCUAAAGGUUAUGACAUAAGCUGUACUGUACAGUAUGAUGUAGCUAAAGCACCAGAAGCAUUUGGUUAUACCGGUGAAAUUUAUGCCUCUACUUUCAAUGUUAACGGUGUAUUAGUUGAACCAAGAUUUACUUUGAGAGUUAAGGCAAAAAUAACGUUUGAAGAUGCUAUUAAAAGUAAAGCUGACAAAGUUGAACUCGAAGCAAUGAACAAAGUUUUGAAAUCUCAUAAACACAACAUCUCCGAUAUAAAUGAACUUCAAGCUACAUUAGACAGUAAAGCCGACAAAAAUCAUACACAUAAAUCCUUCACUACUGUUAGAGCAGACGACAUAAUAUUGAACUUUGACCUUGGUUCAAGUGCACCAUUAGAAAAUCCAAGUACAAGCGUAAAAGAUACUCUUAAUCUUAUAUACGAAAAAAAGAGAUCUGACAUUGUGUCAGAUCUCAGUAAAAGUGACAUUUACAUGUCAAAAAAAUAG